GUGGGGGAGGAAGCUGGUAAUGGUGGCCUCCCAGAGGUUAAGGUUCAGGGUGUUAAUAGGUGACGGAGGAGACCCGGACUUGAAGCUGACUGACCACUCAUACUGUAUCCUGGAGAGGGUGGGGAGGGCCCGCUGGCAGGGAGAGCUACAGCGAGACCUGCACUCCUGCUCAUUCAAGACGGACCCGAGGAAGAUGCACUACUUGAGGAAGUCUCUGACACAGAAUGAUCUGAUCACCAUGCAGUCUCAUGUCCUCAGACUGGCCAGCGGAGCACAGCAACACUCCAUACUGCUCCUGCUCAAACGCUUCCACGUCGACCGGCGUAGUAAGUAUGAUAUCCUGAUGGAGUUGACCUCUAACCUCCUGUCAGAGGCGCCCAACCACACAGCCUCCAUGAUCACACUACGAGACCAACUGAGUAUCGGUGAGAGGACCUUCAAGCGUAUGUAUCAGUACAUGCAAGCAGCCAAACUGGUCCAAGUGGUCAUUAAACCAGUUGAACACCUCAACCCUACUGUAGGCCCCUGUGAUACCAGGAGAGGCACCAAGGUGGUGGCUCGCUGUCUGAAGCUAAUCAAACCCUACGUGAGGAAGGAGGUGGUCGAGGCUGAGGAUGACGAUGAUAACGACGAUGAUGAUGGGGGAGGAGCAAAUAGGAAGACCGUCCCCACAGAGGGGCGGAUCAUGGAGAGAGACUUCCUCUCACAGGCCUAUGGGAUCAUCGUGUCCUGCGGGACCAAGGGCAUCUCUCAGAGUGCGCUGCGUGCGAGGAUGUGCAUCGGCAAGCUGGAGUCUCGUAUGAUCUGCCGACUGCUGGAGAGGACAGACAUGAUCAAGGGUUUCAUGGAAGACGAGGGUCGUCAGAGGACCACGAAGUACCUCGGCCAUCUGCACGUUGACGAGUCUGAUCUGCUUCGACAUCUCGUGAAAGAGCAGGAGCGAUCAGAUCGGCUUCGCACUGUAGGGGGAGGAGGGGACGGAGAGGGGGCCCCCCAAACCCCGGCACAGGCCACCCUAAAAACACCAGCGACCACAAAGACUCGGCCUGCGCCAAAAACAACAUCGCCUCUGGAACCUCUGGGAAACGCAGAGGGAGAGGAGGAGAGAGAGAGGGAUGAGGAAGACGAAGACUGGGAAGUCGAGAAGAAAAGGAAGAAGGGAACGAAGAAGAAAAAUGCAAAAAAAAAGAAAGUGGGCAAGAUGUCUCUCCUGAAGCAGUCCGAACUCAACUUGCUGGUAGCUCAUCACUCUGCACCCGUCACGAGUGGAGCCAAUCAGGAGCCAGAGCUGGAAUCUUGGCUCAGCCCAGUUGAGGAGUCGUCGUCGUCGUCAAAAUUCGGUCCUGACGUUUCAUUGGACCAGACUGGGAGUAUGUUCGCAUGCAACAGCCAAGCAGAGGACAGCGUCACGGUCAUCGAGGAGAUCCCCAGUCAGAAGGAGCACCACCGCCAGACCUACCGCCUGCUGAAGAGGAAGAAUGUGAUUGUGGAAGCUGUUCAGAGCCUCAAGAUCAUAGAGGGCCUCUUCACAAUCCAGAGGUUGGUUCAGGAUGAGGAGAAGCUAGAUGGAGUGAACACUAAGUGUUGUAAGAAGUCUAUCCUGCGUCUCAUCAGAUCUCUGUCUAAAGAGGGAAUGCUCAAACUGUUCAGGACCACUGUGAUACAGGACGGAGUCAGCAAGAAGGUGGAGUUUAUAGUCCACCCCUCUGUCUCUCCUAGUGAUGCUUUAGUGAAGUCGGCUAUAGAACAGGUCCGCUUCCGCAUCUCCAGCUCCUACCCUGCUGCACGUAAUGAAAUGCAGGAAGAGGAGAAGGCUAAGGAGAGAGAGAGGAGCAGUGUGGGAAAUGAGGUCCCUGCUAAACCCCAGAAUAUGAGAACAGAGGACAAGAUCGGAGACAAAGACAAACAACUGAAGAACUUCAAACCUUCUAUAGUCCCAGGUCUCAGCAGGUCUUUGGGGUACCAGCCUAAGAUGCCUCGUCUGAGACUGACACACACCUUCUUGUGGUAUCUGGUCUACGGACACCCCCUGAGACACCCCUCUGCCCUCCACAACACCUCUAUCGUCCCCCCCACUGAUAACCCUGGUGUCCAGACUACCUGCCCCACCACCUGCAGUAACCCCUCACAACCCCAAACUACACACCCUGACGACACCCAUCCUUCUAGCUCUGAACACACAGACCUUACCAACCCAACCCCCCGAAACACAGACUCCCCCAAUCCCCAGAACUCAGACCUCCCCACCUCUUCCCCCCGAAACACAGACACCCCCAAUCCCCAGAACUCAGACCUCCCCACCUCUUCCCCCGAAACACAGACACCCCCACCUCAACCCCCGAAACACAGACUCCCCCAAUCCCCAGAACUCAGACCUCCCCACCUCUUCCCCCCAAAACACAGACUCCCCCAAUCCCCAGAACUCAGACCUCCCCACCUCAACCCCCGAAACACAGACACCCCCACCUCAACCCCCGAAACACAGACACCCCCAAUCCCCAGAACUCAGACCUCCCCACCUCUUCCCCCCGAAACACAGACUCCCCCAAUCCCCAGAACUCAGACCUCCCCACCUCAACCCCGAAACACAGACUCCCCAAUCCCCAGAACUCAGACCUCCCCACCUCUUCCCCCGAAACACAGACACCCCCAAUCCCCAGAACUCAGACCUCCCCACCUCUUCCCCCGAAACACAGACUCCCCAAUCCCCAGAACUCAGACCUCCCCACCUCUUCCCCCGAAACACAGACUCCCCCAAUCCCCAGAACUCAGACCUCCCCACCUCUUCCCCCGAAACACAGACUCCCCCAAUCCCCAGAACUCAGACCUCCCCACCUCAACCCCCCGAAACACAGACACCCCCAAUCCCCAGAACUCAGACCUCCCCGACACCCAGAGCCCACCCACUGACAACGCUGCAGUAAGUGACCCCGCUUCCACAGAGAGACAGCAAGGCUUGACCCCUGACCCGGAUGUGAUGUCAUCGUUGGCGGAGGAAGAGCAGGAGGUGAUCAAUCUGACAGAUGUCGGACACGACCCUGACAUGAAAGUCUAUGUAGAUGAGGUGUCUUGGAGGAGGUAUCCCCCGGCUCCAGUCCACAGAGAGUUCGGUCCAGGCUGGGCCCUGACCUCUGAUGUUGUUCUCUGUCUGCCUCUCUCCAUCUACAUUCAGAUUAUACAGAUAUCCUUCAAGGUGGAUGGUUUGGAGGAGUAUCUGAAUGACCCUGUGAAGCAGCACUACCUCAUCAGGUUCCUGCCUUCUAGGAUGAAGACCCAACUACUGCACAAACGGAAGUACAUCUUUAGUUUCCAUGACAGCAUGCAGCGUCUGAUUUUCAUGGGUCUGCUGCAGUUUGGCCCGGUGGAGAAGUUCCAAGACAAAGACCAGGUGUACCUGUAUGUGAAGCGUAACUGUAUGAUAGUAGACACUACUAUGUGUGAGCCCCACUAUAACCUGGUGUUGGAGACGAAGGUGUUUGAGAGACGCAGAUACACCCUGAACACCCUGACAGACGUAGAUAACUACUGGUUUGACCUGAUGUGUGUCUGCCUCAACACACCACUUGGCGUGAUCAGGAAGGAGCGUCCGAAGAGAAGCUCUGCCUCCAAAUCCCAGGAGGGGCCAGUCGGGGUUCCCGUGGAAACAGACCGCCACAAGUUCCGUCACCUAGAUCACAUGCUCAAGGGCAGCAGGGAGGUGUGUUACACAGCAGUAAUACCAGGGGACGGUAAAGGAGCAGGAGGUCUGGACUCUGAGUUCUUCGGACACCUCAAACGCAACUGGAUUUGGACCUGUCAUCUGAUGAGAACCAAGAGGAGCAACAACCAGUACGAGUCCAGUAACACCGUGAGACUGAAUAGUCUACUGACCAAACAUGUGACCAUGGAUAGAGGCCCCAAGUUCCCCGGGCCCCAGUCCUCUAAGCAGGGGGUCCCAGCAGGGUUGAGGUUGGAGGAGGUCCACAUCUCCACUGAGCCGUCCAGUAGGAACCGGCUGGUUAAAGGAGGGAAGAAGCAGAAGAGGAAGAGAACCAUUAAACUGAAAAAACAGGCCAAAACACCACCGAAGAAGAAGAAAGUCGAGGUGAGAAAGCGGCCCCCAGUCCAUGAUGCAGCGGACCACAAAGCUCUGAUGAUGAUGACCAGACAGAGAGUCACAUGGAGCGUCAGCGAGGACUCUGUCCUCAUCCUCUGUAGAGUCGCUUCACACUUCCUGAACCGCAAGCUCCGCAGGCCCUUCGUCCCGUGGUGUGUAGUGAGGGAUCUGCUCCACGCAGAGUUUGAAGAGUCUCUGGAUAAAACCUCUCCGUCUGUUGGACGACGAUCACGUUACAUACUGAAGAACCCACAGACAUACCUCAACUACAAGAUCUGUCUGGCAGAGGUGUACCAGGACAAGCCUCUGAUAGCGAAACUACAGGGAAGGAAACACGACCCCAACGACCCCAAGGAAUGUUCGACAGUGUUCCGUGAGUUUGUGUCGUUACUCAGACAGAAGUUCAGCUCCGCCUCCGGGUCGUGUGAUGUCACCAUCCCUGACACCAAGACACAGCUGUUCUCACGGUUUAAGGUGUACACCCUGGAGGACAUGUCAGAUGAGAACACCAAGGACUCUCUCAACAGUAUUGAGGACAUCCACUCCCUGGUGUUGAAUAAUCUGAUCCAGAGUACAUUGGCCAUGUCCAACUCUCAGAUGAAAUGCUGCCGAUCCUUCCAGACCUUCCAUACCUACAGUAGGUACCGUCAGGAGGUUCUGUGUCAGGCGUUUGUCCAGUGCAGGAAGAGGGGAUUGGUCAACAGGCGAAGGAUCAGUCAACUGUGUGGUCCCAAUAAGAACCGUGCCCUACCCAUCCUGCCCAUGUCUUACCAACUGUCUCAGAGUUACUACAGGUGUUUUACAUGGCGUCUGCCCACGGGUCUGUGUACAGAGGUGUUUGACUUCAUGCAGGCCUUGAGUGAGAACGGGACUGGAGACAACCACCCUUCCACGGUCUUCAUACACGAAGGAAAGGAGAAGAGGGAGAGAGGGGAGGUGGGCACGGAGAGAGGGGAGGUGGGCACGGAGAGAGGGGAGGUGGGCACGGAGAGCGGGGAGGUGGGCAUGGAGAGAGGGGAGGUGGGCACGGAGAGAGGGGAGGUGGGCACGGAGAGAGGGGAGGUGGGCACGGAGAGCGGGGAGGUGGGCACGGAGAGCGGGGAGGUGGGCACGGAGAGAGGGGAGGUGGGCACGGAGAGAGGGGAGGAGAGAAGUGAGGAGAAUAUGGAUAAGGAAAGAGGGGAGGAGGAGAGAGAAAAGAGCACGAUGAAGAUAUGGAGACAGAAGACAGAGGGAAGAACACAGAGAACGAGCAAUUGGAGGAGGACGAGGACAACGCGGCCCACAACCAAGAGGAAGAACCGGUCUCGUCGUUUACCGUCCAUGGAGUUGAGUCGACCUCCGGGGACCCUGCCUCCUGUCCUCUCACCCAGACGGAGGAGCCGGAGUCGGGCACAGCACCCGGCCGAGACCCCUCUCUCUCUGGAUCUCACGGAGAUGUUGCAGUUCUCUCUGGAGUCCCCGGGGGGCGCCACUCUGGCCUGCCUCAGUCUGAUGACUCUGGGUCUGCUGUCAGUCCACGUCUCCAUACCCGAACACAUCGUGGUGUUGGACAGCACCAUGGUGGACAAUGAGGUGGUGAAGAGUAUCUCAGUGCUGGCUGAGGAUGAUGAUGAUGAAGAGGAGAACGAGGGGCGGAGGGGGAUCGAGGUGAGGGCUCACAAGGCGUCCCACACCAAGUACCUGAUGAUGCGUGGAUACUGCGUUCCCGGGAUCGUCAACCUCCGAAACCUCAACACCAACGACAGUAUCGUGGUGGAAUCGUGCACCAUGAGACUACAUCUACGACACACACCUGUACACACACUGUUUAAUACCCAGGACUCUCCUCCCAUAGACUUCUCCAGACAUGGUCCCUCUCUCCUCCCCUCUUUACUCUCCCAUUCCCUCAAAGCCCAUCCCUCCUCCUCCUCUCCCUCCUCCUCCCCCCUCCCCUUCUCCCCCUCCUCCUCCGUAGAGGUGUGUGAGGGGCGUCUGGUGACUCAGAGAGGUUAUAGCCCAGAGGACAUUGGUGCUGUGGCAGAGCUGAGAGCUACGCUGGAGAGACACGGAGCCUUCGGAUUGGACAGGCGGGACCUGGUGACAUCACACACACACCUGGCCGACCCGGGAGACGGACGGACCAGAGGUCUGCAGCGGUACAUACAGGACUUGCUGGAGGAAGAGCUGGUGUUGGAGGUGGGAGGGAGCUCAGUGCGUCUGGUGUUACUGAGUCACGCGGGGCCCUGGCUACUGACCUCCACAGAGAGGCAGAGAGACCGGCCACACCAAGCCCAGCGAGGAGCCUCUGCCUUUGGGGACAGAAACCACCACAACCCCCUCCUCCGCAAGAGAAGAAUGGUGGCCCCCAGAGAGCAGGAACCACGUAGUAAGAGAGGGAGAAGAGAAACACUGAUGGAGGAAGAGGAGGUCGAGAAGAGGGAGGAGACACCGGAGGAAGAGGAGGAGAGGAAGAAGAUGCAGCCUGAAGAGAAAGACAGGAACGAGACUGCAGAGGAGACAUGGAUGGAGAGAAGAGAGGAGGAGGAAGAGAAAGAAGAGAGGGUACAAGAGGGACCAUCAUCUACCAUUGAGACAGAACAGAGCACAGAGGGCGACGGCGAGAAGCCAUUUUCAUCUCUAGCCGAGGAAGAGGAUGGUGAAGCUCGCGGACUGCCCGAGGAAGAGGAUGGUGACGCUAGCGGACUGCGCGAGGAAGAGGAUGGUGAAGCUCGCGGACUGCCCGAGGAAGAGGAUGGUGACGCUAGCGGACUGCGCGAGGAAGAGAACGACAGCGGCGGUGUGUGUGACGUGUCGUUCGUCAGUCGUCCGUGGCGUAUCGUGGACGGCAGUCUGAACAGGCCGGUGUGUAAAGGCAUGCUGGACGCUGUCCUCUACCACAUCAUGACCCGGCCUGGUUUACCAGAACACGUCUUACUGGAACACUACAGAGGGGUCUUGCAGCCAGUGGUGGUACUGGACCUCGUGCAGGCCCUCGUUGAGUUGGGCUGUAUCAAGAAGAAGUACGUGACCAGACGUCCCAAACCCUCCCUCUUCUCCCGUCCAGCCGCCGUCCUCAUGGUGGGGGAGGAGAGAGAGGGAGAGACGGGGGUGAGGCUGGAGGAGACGGGGGUGAGGCUGGAGGAGACGGGGGUGAGGCUGGAGGAGACGGGGGUGAGGCCGGAGGAGACGGGGGUGAGGCUGGAGGAGACGGCCACUGUGUUCUAUGAGCCGACCAUCGACUGUUGUCUGCGUCUAGGACCGGUUUUACCCCAUGAAAACAACUGGAACCAGUGGGUCCAGUUCGCACAACAUGAGAACAAACAGUAAGGACUGGAGUUAAAAACUGAUCUGGGUUCUAAUUCUUUCGUACACGCUGUAGUGAAACGUUUUUACUCUGAAAAUGUUUUUGCGACAAAAAAAGUUUAUAUUGUGAAAAAUGAAAGUUAGUCCCAGGCCGUUUCGUUCCCUUUGAUUCUGUUUGGUUCCAUUGAGUUGUUAGUGGAUACACACCAGGACUGCUAGGGGACAGGAGUUUUACUUGAUCAUGUUUAAUAGGCCCAGGAGUUUCUUCACAGUGGUUAACCCAAAGGUCUUUACUUCUGACUCUUACCGGACAGCAAGAUUAGAUUUUAGCUAUAAAACAAAUGAUGUUUAGUUUCAGUUGUAGUGACACAGAGCUCUGGGAAUUAGUUUCACGUCUUAGAUGUCCUUUCAUUGGGGAGAACCUGUUAUGGUUUCAUUUCAGUUUUGUUAUUGUUUUCUUGAAAGUGUGAUUUAAUAAAAAUUCAAAUCGUGAAA